AUUUCUAUUGGAUGGAAAAUUCACUAAAACUGUAACAUUAUGAGAUCAUGCUCCUACCCGUUUCCUCUUGGUUAAGAAAACUGAGAACAUUAUCAGGAGCACGUUAUCUAAAGAGGGUAAAAAAAAUUCUAAGUAAUUGAAGAAACUUAUAAAAAACCGUAGUAAUUUUGAAACAACGAGAUGGAAUCGAACGUGCAAAAUGAUGAAAGUGCAAACGAAAUGUUUAAAAUUGCUGAUUUUGGGCAGAACUUAAGAAUAAACGUAUCAAGUUCUAAACAAAAAUUGGCGAACGAUCAAGCCAAAGGAAAACCUAACAGCAAACUGCCGAGAAUUGUUCGCCAACCAGUGCAGUCCAAAUUUUAUAAAAGUAUUGAACAUAUGAAGAGCUUCCACGACCAGACCGGAGAUUCAUCACCCGGAUCAAGCAGAAUGGGCGGUUUUCCAAUGAAAAUGAAAAAAGAUGACUCAACAGAAAAAUCAAAACCGAGUCUUAUACCGCGUCGGAAAUGCAAUAGAGAUGAAAAUUGCGAAGUGCCGAAAAAAACUGACACUCCAAACAACCAGUUCAUUCCUGAAUGUAGAAAUGUUCAGAGAGUUCAAAUGUUGAUUAAUCAAGAAUUCUGCCCAGAGGAUCGCGUACCUCCACCGGCGUCGGUACAAUCAACGAGACCUAUUCCAACUCUGGGACAGAUUUAUGGCCGAAUCAAUAUGAUAGAUAGUGACCGACUGAACGAUUGGUUCAUGGAAUUUACUCCAACGAAUACAACAGCAUCAAUGCCUGUACCUGAAAGUACACCUAUUGAGGACGAUGGAGGUUCAAGUACCGUUGCAUCACCAGCAAAUUAUCAUCAACAAGAGUUUGGGAAGACCACCACGAUACUGGAUAGAAAGAACAUCUUAAUUAAUGAAAUUCAAGCUACCAAUGAAAAUGUCAGUGUGUGGCUUGCUUCUGAUGUCGAGUUUCCAACGGAUACUGAAUCAGGAUACAAAACAAUGAGCAGCAAAAAUGCCGAAAAAUCUGCAGUACUGACAGUGUCUGAAUGCACGACGGAGAAGUCAAACAAAACGUUCACUCUAGGCGUUUUGCAAGACAAAAGCAAUAGUUUGUGUGCAACGACGAAGCCAGAAUCGGAGUGCAGUAAUGAUGAAUCACCAACAAGUUAUCAUCAACAAGAGUUUGGGAAGACCACCGUGGUACUGGAUACUAAGAACAUCGUAAUGAAUGAAAUUCAAACUACCAAUGAAAAUGUUACCGUGUGGCUUGCUUCUGAUGUCGAGUAUCCUACAAGGGAUAAGGAAUCAGGAUACAAAACAAUGAUCCCCACUGUUCGGGAUAAUAUUGUCGAAGUUGACAAGGAGCUCACGUGGAUCGAAGAUGGAUUUGUUUCCGUGGUAUUAUGA